GAGAAGGAGGAGGAGGCGCGUCUGCGAGGCUGAGCUGAACGCACUGAGACCAGAGAAACAUGAGGGCGUCAUUUAUGGGGAUCAAAUAGAAAUCUGUACAUUUCAUUUUGUAUUUUUUCGUUUUUUUUUUUAAUUUGUUUAUUUUGCUUUUCUGAGCGCGACCCGUUGACCGGACUCUCAACAUGGCUGAGAUGACCAGUCUGAGACCCAGCUACGAGGUGUCCCCGGUCUUGGCGGGAUUCCUUGGCGCGGGCGUCUUGGUCAUCACGGUUACGGUGGCCAUUUUCCUGUGGACGUGCUGUCAACGCCACUAUCGCCGAAUGUCCGGCUCAUUCAAGCUGACCAGCGGUCCUUACGACCCACCCGUGGACCCGCCCUACAAGUUCAUCCACAUGCUGAAGGGCAUCAGCAUCUACCCGGAGACGCUCAGCAACAGCAAGAAGAUAAUAAAGGCAGGCCGGUGGCGCUCGGGUCUGGGGCCGUUGUCACGGCAACGGGGUCAAGGUGGGACUCUGCUGGUGGACGCUGACCCGGAAUGCGCAGCGCAGCUGCAGAUGAACCACCUGGUGCCCCCCGGUGGUCCUCCGCGCCUGGAGAGGGCGCUGCCCAUCCGAGCUGAUUACUGCUGUUUAGAGAGUAGCUCGGCCAGCAGCAGCAGCGACUCAGCCAGCAAAACCCCCACGCCGUUCAGCCUCAGUUCACCUUCUCUGGGCAGCCUCAGCCUCGCCAUCGAUUAUAACUUCCCCAAGAAGGCCCUCGUGGUCACCAUCUUGGGCGCCCAAGGCCUACCAGCCAUAGACGAGCAAACAGGAAGCUCUGAGCCCUAUGUGAAGAUGACCAUCCUGCCGGAGAAGAAACACAGAGUCAAGACCCGAGUGAUGAGGAAGACUCUGGAGCCGGCUUUUGAUGAGACCUUCACCUUCUACGGCGUCUCCUACAGCUCUCUGGCUGAGCUGACGCUCCACUUCCUGGUGCUGAGCUUCGACCGGUUUGCACGAGACGAUGUGAUCGGCGAGGCAGUCGUGCCGUUGGCAGGAGUGGACCCCAGCACAGGAAAGGUGCACAUCACUCAGAACAUCACCAAGAGGAACAUACAGUGUGGUAGCCGUGGGGAGUUGUUGGUGUCUCUGUCCUAUCAGCCUGCCACUCACAGACUGAACGUCGUGGUGCUCAAAGCCAAACACCUGCCCACUAUGGACAUCACCAGCCUGCCGGGCAACCCGUACGUGAAGGUGAACGUGUUUUACGGCCGAAGGCGCAUCGCUAAGAAGAAGACUCACGUGAAGAAGUGCACUCUGAACCCCGUCUUCAACGAGUCCUUCAUCUACGACGUCCCCGCAGAGCUCAUGCCUGACAUCUCCAUAGAGUUCCUGCUCAUCGACUUCGACCGCACCACCAAGAACGAGGUGGUGGGCCGGCUGUUCCUGGGCGGCCAGAGCCCCACCCCGUCGGGCGUCACACACUGGAGGGAAGUGUGCGAUAACCCACGGCGGCAGAUCGCCAAGUGGCACAACCUGGCAGAGUACUAACAGAGAACACCAUCGCUUUCCUCCUUCUUUCGACCUGCUAGAGCAGAGGACCUCAACUCUGGUCCUGAGUAUCUGCACAUUUUAAUGUUUUUCCCACUCUAACAGACCUGAUCUGACUCAUGAGAGGCCUGUUAAAGGGAUAGUUUGGCCAAAAGUCAAUCUAGUCCAUCAGCCAAGACAUUUUUGGUGUCUGAAGGUUGCUUCUAUAUUUUUGCUCUGGAGUUACAAGGCUAAUGUAGCCAGCAAGUCGUGGAAGCUCAUACGCCGCCAACCAGCAUUCAAACAAAACUCACAUUCUGUGGGCUAAAUAAAUCUAUGAAACACACGAGCAAAUUUCCAGCACUUUCUAUUGGCCAAAGUUACAAUAUAAAUAACAGUUUACUCUUUAAUGAGAAUUUAAAAUGCAGUUUGUUUUUAAAGCUACACCAUGUCAGUUUUGGGGGGUUUGGAGACCUCUCUGGUAGAAAUGUGUAACUACACGCAAUGUGUGGUUUGUGCUUUGGAUUCCCUGAGCAAAUUAGAUUAUUGUGAGUGCAUUGAAAGACCAUUCAAAGAGAACCACUCUGUCAACAUUUGGCGAAGAACGUAUCUCAGAUUUUCAAAUUUAGCUUGUUUGUUUCUUCCAACUCCAAUGCUACUUCUUUACAUUUUAACAACAGAAAAAGUUUUGACACGACUGAAAUAAAGUGCCGCAUUAAGUGCUACAUUAGCCUCAGGGCUCCAGUGUUUAGCAAAACUAAAGCCAAACGUCAUGUCUUUGCUGUUUUGCUGCAUUUAGUAUAACUAGCAAAGCUGUGUAUGUUCGUUUUUUUGGCCAAACUAUGGUUUUAAUGAGCUGACCAGUUGGAGCAGGUAGGAAAAACACAAAAAUAUGUAGGACAGUGGUGCUCCAGAGAUAAAAACCCAGAUUACAAACCCCCCUCGUCGCCUCCUAGCCCGACGUCAGCAGGUGUGUACAUAUACUUACACAGGACCAUCUGCACUCAGUCAACGGCUGCUAUGGAGCGGCCAAUCAGAAAAGGACUUCGGUGAAUCGCUUGCAGAAAAAGAAAACACUGAUCGCAAAAUAUUUAUGUGAGUAAAUCAUAUCCGUAAGAGACUGUGUGCGGUUCUGGUUCUAACCAAUUACUAAGAAGAGGGAGCUGACGUUAUGUAAAGAAGCUGCGCCUAUACUGACUCAGAGUUCUUACCAGCCUGAAAUAAGGUGAACUUACAUCAUUCAUAUGUGUACAAAUUUCCACAUGGAUAUGACAUAAUCCUUCAAACGUAUGGAAUCACUCGGCAUAUUAAUAGCUGUUGUUCAGUAACAUCGUCUACACUGCAAAAACACGGACGGAUGCUUUAUUCCCAGUUAAAAGUGGGAACAAAAGGAAUUUACGACAUGGUAAAAAAAAAAAAGCAGAUGGUUUCACAUAAUGAACAUUAUAAGAA